AUGACAAGCGGCAGGAAAAGAGGCAGCCCAGGACCUGAGCAAUCAAUCCAGGCGCAGGUAGUGGGUCCGUGUCCCCACGCAGCACCGGUGGGAGGGAUCAGCAGUCCGAGAGCAAUAGCGGGUCCAAGCGCCUCCCCACAGCCAGCGGCAGGAAUCCAGAAGACAUCUGAAAACCCCAGGAUCUGUAAAAAAACGGUCCUGGACCACUUCACGCAAUCGUCUAAGGAGCAGCCUGGAGAAUCCAAUGAGGGUCAGAGCGAUUCUGAGUCAUUGGGGGAGGGGUCUCAGCCGGACCAUAUGUCAUCUGCCAGACCACAACACUUCAUCACGGAAGCCACCCUUAAAAAACUGCUUGCAAACCAAACUUACUCCAUAACCAAAGAGAUCCAGCGUAACCACGCUGAACUCCGUAAGGAAAUGUCAGAGAUCGGGGAUAGGGUGGACUCCCUGGAAAGAAAACAAGAUGAUAUCGCCACCGACCAAACAAACUUACUGACUUAUUCGGAAUCCCUAGCUGAACAGAUCAACCAGCUGGAGUUUAAGCUUGCAGAUGUGGAAGACAGAGCUCGCAGAAAUAAUGUCAGGUUUCGAGGAAUACCAGAAGACAUUCAACCGGCCGAGUUGCAAAACUUCCUAAAAGAUCUUUUUAAAGACCUCCUUGGUCCAACGGAAGGGCUGAUUGACACCAUGGAAAGAGCUCAUAGAGCCUUGCGCCCUAGAACUGUCUCACAGGAGAAGCCAAGAGACGUUAUAGUUUGUCUGGUGCAAAUUGCAAAGAAAGCAAAGAACAAACUUUUAAAGAGAGAUGGUGCUGAAAGAGUAGACGGGGGCAGCCAGGAGAGAUAUGAAGCGUUCAGCUAUGGAGGAAUAGAUCCGUGCAUGUGGGAUCCUCAGGAAAUAGGGGCUAUGAAGAGUCAUCUGUUGGACUUUAAGAAGCACCGAGCUGCUCGGAUUGACCACUAUGUAGUGGAAGUGAACAAAUUAAUUAUCCGCUUGGAAAAACUAACAUCGUUUGAUCGAGGUAAUAUGGAUGCUGCAAAGAUAAGAGCUUUAGAGAAGUCGUUGGUUUCAUGGGUGAAUGACCAGGAUGUGCCCUUCUGUCCAGACUGCGGGAAUAAGUUCAGUAUUCGUAACAGACGCCACCAUUGUCGGCUCUGCGGCUCCAUUAUGUGCAAGCCGUGCACCGAGCUCAUCACACUCCCACUUGCCUACAAACUCACCAGCGCCAGCAAACACUCUCUCUCCGCUCACGACAGUCCCAACCUAUCUCCAAACACCAGCACUCAGACCUCGCGCCGUGGCAGCAUCAGCAGCUUGAGCAGCGUAAGUUCUGUGCUGGAUGAAAAGGAUGAUGACAAGAUUCGCUGCUGCCUCCACUGCAAGGAAACUCUGCUUAAACGGGAAAUGCAGAUGGAUGAGAAGCAGCACACACCUGAAAUUGUCAAGCUUUAUCAGAAGCUGCGUGCCUGUAUGGAGAAGGUUGAUCAGAAAGCACCUGAAUAUAUCAGAAUGGCGCAAUCUAUCAAUGCUGGAGAGACAACCUAUAAUUUGGAUGAUGCUAAUAACCUGCGGAUAGAGGUGCAGAAAUACUAUGAAUUAAUUGAUGCAUUAAGUAAGAAGAUUUUGAUACUGGGCUUGAAUGAGGAACCCAAACCUCACCCUAAAUCUCAGCAGCUUCAGAAGAGAGUGAGACACUCGGCCACCUUGUUUGUACAGGAAAAGCUCCUGGGUUUAAUGUCUCUGCCAACACGAGAAAAAUAUGAGGAGCUGAAAGAGAAGCGUAAACUGGAAAAUGAGCAGAGAAUGCAAAGAGAGCAGGUCGCUCUUGAAACAAAGAGGAGAGGAAGGGAAUCCAUGCCACAAUUUUCACCUACCCCCAAUGGGGAAAUUUCUCUUCAUGGUCAAAUUCGUAAAGUAGAGGGCUGGCUUCCAACGUCAGGAGUGUCUAGAAACAGAGAAGCAUCAGAUCCUCUGCUCCAGCAGAUUGACAACAUUACUUCGUACAUCCAGCAGGCACGAAUGGCAGGGCGUGUGGAUGAGGUGCAAAUGUUGGAGGAGAACCUGAGACAGUUACAGGAAGAAUAUGAUCAGCAGCAGGUGGAUACAGCCAUCCGGAUUUCCAAAGAGCUGGCAGAGGAGGAGGCCAUGCAGAGGGAACAGCUUGAAGUGCUGAGGUGGAGAGAGGUGAAAAAAGAAUUGGCCCAGCAAAACAGGACUCCUCCGUAUUUCACACAGCUGACAUCAGCAUUAAAGACGGACAAAGAUCCGUCCACUGUUGAUACCGAAUUUUCAAGUGGUCACGUGAAGCUUGUCCCACCACUUUCAAGAGAGACUGAAAACAAGUCAGAGAGAGAGAAUCAUCCCUUCAUAAGUAAUAAUUACAUGUUGCAUGACUCCCAAGUUUACUGCCAGUCAGAGAAAGUCAAAGCUGAAUCCAGCAACCCAUUUGAGGAUGAAGAUGACAGACCUGAGUUUGCUGACCCUCCCCACUCCCAGCAGAAUGGUGGCAGAGAUUACAAUCCUUUUGAGGAUGACAAUGUGCAAACGGAAGAGGUGACCAUAUCCACCAACCCCUUUGAAAGUUCCACAGAUAAUUAUUGGGAGCCUGCAGUAUCAAAAAAUCCAUUUGAGGUGGAGGAAGAUGAGGUGGCUGUGAAAGGGAUCCCUUUUAAUGAGAGCUGGGAGGCAACACAGGAUGAAGUUAUUGAGGAGGACUUGCUCCUGCAGCAGAUUGAUAACAUCAAAGCAUACAUCUUUGAUGCCAAGCACAGUGGGCGCCUGGAUGAGGUGGAACUUCUGACUGAUAAUCUUCGAGAACUCAAGCAGAAACUGGCCAAACAAAAGGGACUGGACAAAUGACCUUGAAAGAAGUUCAGUUAUCAAAUGUGGAGCGUAAUAUUUGUGGUCCAGUUAUUUGAAGCUGAGCUCCAUUUCUGCUAACCCCUUUAUAGGCUUUUGCUGCUAGAAUGGAAGAAGCAGAAAAGCUAACACCUUACUGCCUAUGGGACAUUUGUCUCAAUAUUUUACAUAUGUCACUUUAUAUGUGGACACUUUAUGCUGGAAACUGGAUUGCAGCUGCAUGCCCAGUGCCAGAUAACCUCUUUAGCUCUUUGCUGAUGCAGGUUUUAUUCUCAGUAUUGCACAAAUGUUAUAGAAGGUGCUUAAGGAAUCUGGAUUACGUGGUUGUUUUACAUGGACUACGAGCUGAAGCAAAAAUGUGAAAAUCAAGCAGAUGGAACGCUAACCACACCCACUACACUAAGGGACACAUGGUGCCAUCCAUACCAAACACAGAGAGAAUGUUCUGCUGUUUAGACUCCUAGAUAAAAAAUUUUAUUAUAAACUGAGCUUGUGACUCAUAUUUGACACAGUGAAUAUGAUGUGUAUUGGUCUCCUUGCACUAAUAUGUCUGUAGAGGGCUUUAUGUACAGCCAGUAAAAUAAGUGGGUUUGUUGCAUGUUUAUACUUACAUUUGUAGAGUAAUCCUGACAGCAGCAGUUCCCUGUUUGUAGAGCAUUAAAUCUGACGCUACAAUGCAAUUUACUCCUUAGAAGCCACUUGACAUACACUAUAUCUUAUGGACAGAUAGGAAUGGAAAGAUCCAGCACAGUAAUAUUUACGUUCUGCCCUCCUGUCCUGUGUCUAUAAGGAUUACAUAUGACUGUCAUCACCGACCUAUAGGAAUGUUACUUUGCUUUUUAAGUUCAAGCUUAGCUAUUAUUAUUUUAAGUAAAACAAAUUUAUAUUCAAGUAUUAAAAUGUUAAUUUCUAUUUACUCAUAAUUAUAAAUAUAUAUUGAGUCCCUUUAAAUGGACCAAAUAGUUUAACUUUAUACUGAAAUCAUCUCCUCACAUCACUAAGGGAACUAUAUUUAAAAUGACAUAGAAAGCAAUGAUGAUGAUACAGUUUUACUUAGUAAUCAUGUGACGUGUUUCUCUACAUACACUUAAAAAAUUGUGUUAAGAUAAUCCAAAUGUCUGUCCCAUAUAUAUUACACUACACCGCUUUCUUCAGUUGCUCAUGUUACAGAGAUUUAAUGAUAGUCUAGUAUGGGAUAUCCCACUGAGCUGAAUAGUUCACUGAUUUAUUUUUAUUAUUCAUUAUCCCAAGGUCACAAGCUACUACUUGCAGUACAAUUAUUUUGUUGUCCAAGCAAUUUGCACUGAAAACACAUUAUCCAAUUAAAUAAACUUAUAAUGCCAUAAGAUACAGAACUGAACCUGCAUGAGCACUUAUUUUUACGCUUAUUCCUCUAGCAAGGAACAAAUAUUAAGUGCCUCUUGUGUUGCUAAGUUAAACCUUCUUUAGAUGUUUUAAGGUGAACAAAAUGUAUAAAUCUUAGAAUACAUAGAAAACUGUGAUUGCGUAGGGAGAGCUUGGGACAAAUGUUUAUUAUUCUUUUAAAACUAUUUUAUGAAACAGAUGUAUAAUUGUGAAAGCCUCUGUUAUUUGUCUACUGGGAUUUUUCAAUCUUAGUAAACAAAAAAGAAUACUUAUAUUCUGGUUGUGCCCAAAUAAGGUUGCAUACCUUUGCUUAUUAUCCCUUGACAUUGGUUGUGGGCAGAUAAUGUGGCAUAACAAUGCGCUUAGCAACCCCCUCUCAGUUGUGGGCAAAUAAUGUGACAUAAAUGCGCUUAUUAUCCCUUGACAUUGGUUCUGGGCAGAUAAUGUGGCAUAACAAUACGCUUAGCACACCCCUCUCAGUUGAGGGCAGAUCAUGUGGCAUAAAAAUUCACUUAGCAACCCCCUCUCAGUUGUGGGCAUAUCAUGUGGCAUAAAUGCGCUUAUUAUCCUUUGACAUUGGUUGUGGGCAGAUAAUGUGGCAUAAAAAUGUGCUUAGCACCCUCCUCUCAGUUGUGGGCAGAUAAUGUGGCAUAAAAAUGCGCUUAGCAACCCCCUCUUGUGGGCAGAUGUGGCAUAAAUGUGCUUUGCACCCCCCCUCUCAGUUGUGGGCAGAUAAUGUUGCAUAAAAAUGCACUUAGCACCCCCUCUCAGUUGUGGGCAGAUAAUGUGGCAUAAAAAUGCGCUUUGCACCCCCGUCUGUUAUUAUUAUGCUUUAUUUAUGAAGUGCCAUCAUAUUCCGUAGCGCUGUCCAUGGAUACAGUUCAUUUAAUUAAAACAAUGAUAUAAAACUUCUAAGACACAGGACACAAUUUACAAACACAUACAGGAGAAAUUGAAGGCCCUAUUCCCAUUGGAACUUACAAUCUAGAAGGAUAGGAGGUUGAGAAACAGGAGGUGAGGACUGGAAGAUUGAGAAAGUUGUUAAUGCAGAGUUAGAUGAGGAAAAUAUUAGGCAAGUGGAAUUAAUUUAUUAUUGAGUUGGGUGGUAGGCUUCCCUGAACAGAAAAGUCUUCAGAGAACAUUUAAAGGAAGAAAGAUUAGGGCAAAGCCUGACAGCACGAGGGAGAGUGUUCCAGAGGGUAGGUGCUGCACAACAGAAGUCCUGCAGUCUAGCAUGAGAAGAGGUGAUAGUUGCAGAUGCAAGGAGCAGGUCAUUGUUGUAUCUUAGUGGGCGGGCUGGAGUAUACUUGUUGAUUAGAGAGGAUAGGUAGAGGGGAGCGGUGUUGGUUAGCGCUUUGUAUGCAAGGGUGAGAAUUUUUAAGUUUAUUCUGCUGUGUAUGGGGAGCCAAUGAAGGGACUCGCAGAGAGGUUCAGCAGAUAAAGAGCCACGGGAAAGGUGGAUCAGUCUGGCAGAGGCAUUUAGGAUGGAUUAAGGGGGAGAGGCGGAAAAGAGGAAGGCCAGUAAGUAGGUUAUUGCAGUAGUCAAGUCGGGAAAUAACAAGGGAGUGUAUUAUUUGCUUGGAAAUGUUGCGUAGAUGGUUGUGGCAGGAUGUAGAAAGCGAUUGGAUAUGAGGGGCGAAGGAUAGAUUUGAGUCAAGUGUAACUCCAAGGCAGCGGACUUGGGGCGAUGGGGAAAUGGUGAUGCCGUCAACAGGGAUAGAGAAGUCACAAGUCGGCGUAGAGCUUGAGGGGGGAUAAGAAGGAGCUCAGUCUUGGAUAUGUUAAUCUUUAGGUGGUGAGUGGCCAUUCAGGAAGAAAUACCAGAUAAGCAGUCACUGACAUGAGAAAGGACAGAGGGAGAGAGAGCAGGGGUAGAGAGGUAGAUCUGGAUGUCAUCAGCAUAGAGGUGAUAUUUGAAGCCAUAACUGUUGAUAAGUUUACCCAGCGAAGAAGUAUAGAUGGAGAAGAGUAGAGGACCCAGAACAGAUCCUUGAGGUAUUCCAACAGACAGAGGCAUUGGAGAGGAGGAGUCGCCGGCAAAUGACACAGAAAAAGACCUGUGAGAAAGAUCCAGGAAAGGACCAUGUCACAGAGGCCAAAAGAGCUAAGGGUCUGUAGGAGGAGGAGUAUAGAGUAGUGUCCAAUAUUUUUAGCAGAGAGAAGAUCGUUUAGUAACCUUGGUAAGGGCAGUUUCAGUUGAGUGUUUGGGGCGGAAUCCGGAUUGCAGGGGGUCAAGCAAGGAGUUGGUGGACAGGAAUUGGGUUAGGCGAUUGUAAACUAGUUUUUCAAGGAGUUUUGAUGUUAGUGGAAGCAGUGAUAUGGUGCGGUAGCUUUAAGGAGAAUUGGGGUCGAGGGAGGGUUUUUUGAGUAUGGUAGUGACUUUUGCAUGUUUGAAAGAAGAUGGGAAUGAGCCGGUACAGAGAGAUAGGUUGAAGAUGUGGGUAAGAGCAGGAGUGAGGGUGGAAGAUAGGGAGGGUAUUAGAUGGGAAGGGAUAGGGUCGAGCGGGUAGGUAGUGAGGCGUGAGGAAGAUAGUAAGGAAGAAACUUCAUUCUCAGUGGCUGGAUGGAAGAUGCAGAGGACAGGGCAGAUGCAGUUGUGGGCAGAUCAUGUGGCAUAAAAAUGCGCUUAGCAACCCCCUCUCAGUUGUGGGCAGAUCAUGUGGCAUCAAAAUGGGCUUAGCAACUCUCUAUCCUGACUGUAGACAUGGUGGCUUAAAUGUGAAUAGCAACCUUCUGUCCUAGCCGUUGACAGAUGUGGUGGCAAAAAUGUUCAUUGCCCACAGCUAAAAGAGAAGCGAUGAUAAUGUGACAAAUAUACUUAUCACCCCCACCACUGGCCAGAUAAAGUGGAAUAAAUGUGCUCUAUCACCCUUCUGCCCUGGCAUUGGGCAUAUGCUCGGCUCUGCUGAUAUAAAAUGGCACAAAGAUCCUUAGCAUUGAAAUUAAUUUCAAUCUUGUAGUGUACAGAACAGUCACAAUUUGGGGAAUUUCCCUUCUAUUAGUAAUGAUACUAACUGCUGCUUCAUAAGGUUAAACAAUAAAAAGGUAGAUGUAUGUCUUAGCUUCUCUUACUUAAUGCUGUGGUGUUCAUGUUAAACCAAUUUAUACACAUAAUGCACGAAAAAAAUCCAUUCUCUGUUAAUGUGAAAUAUUAAAAACUUUUCUACAAAUAAAUGUAAAAUAAACA